GAAGUUUAAUAGAGACGCAUGUCCCAUCUUUCCUUCUUCUAGAUCCAAUACACUACCCAUGGAAGAGAUAAAUAAAACUGCAAAGAUACAGUUCUUCUUUUGUCCAUUCUCAGCUGACCCUAAAGUACAGGUAGGGAUUUUUGUGGCCUUCCUGAUGAUGUACCUGACUAGCCUCAGCGGAAACACCACAAUUGCAGUCAUUGUCCAGAUCAACCACUCCCUCCACGUCCCCAUGUACUUUUUCCUGGCUAACCUGGCAGUUCUGGAAAUCUUCUAUACAUCCGCCAUUGCCCCACUGGCCUUGGCAAACCUCCUUUCAAUAGGCAGGACUCCUAUUUCCAUCCCUGGCUGUGGGACCCAAAUGUUCUUCUUUGUCUUCCUGGGUGGCGCUGAUUGUGUUCUGCUUGCUGUCAUGGCCUAUGACCGGUUCGUAGCCAUCUGUUACCCUCUUCGAUACACCCGCAUCAUGAGCUGGCCCUUGUGUGUGGAGCUGAUGGCAGGGUGCCUGGUGCUGGGGUUUCUGCUGUCGCUGCCACUGACUAUUUUAAUCUUCCACCUCCCAUUCUGCAACAACAAUGAGAUCUACCACUUCUACUGCGACAUGCCUGCCAUCAUGCGCCUGGCCUGUGCGGACACACACAUUCACGAGACUGCCCUGUACAUCAUCAUCUUCCUCGUCCUAAGCAUCCCGCUCUCAUUAAUCUCCAUCUCCUAUGUCUUCAUCGUGGCAGCCGUUUUGCGGAUCCGGUCAGCAGAAGGGCGCCACCGAGCCUUCUCCACCUGCUCCUCGCACAUCUUAGUUGUCCUCCUGCAGUAUGGCUGCACCAGCUUUAUAUACUUGUCUCCCAGCUCCAGCUACUCUCCUGAGAUGGGCCGGGUGGUGUCUGUGGUCUACACCUUCAUCACUCCCAUUUUAAACCCUUUGAUCUACAGUAUGCGGAACAAGGAACUGAAAGAGGCCCUAAGGAAGGCGCUGAGGAAGUUCUAG